AUGAUUGACGACGAAUCUUACCAGAGUCAUUUUCAUAUUUGCCGAAAGUUUCCUGUUCUGUGUACUAACAAGUGUGGUGUGAGAAAUAUUCCGCGAGAAAAGCUUGAUGUUCAUGUUCGCGAUGAAUGUCCUGCAACCGAAGUUCAGUGUGGAUACAAUUACUUGGGAUGUGAAGCAGUGUUUCCAAGAUCAGGCACCGAAUCUCACUAUAAACUUCAAACUGAACAGCAUUUCAACUUAGUCCUGCGUCGAGUUAAUGAGCUUGGCGCUGUGACUAUGGAUCAGUCACAAGAGAUAGAGAGAUUGAUGUCCAAGGAUAAGCGGCAGUCACGAUGGAUAGAAGGACAGUCAAGAAAGAUAGAACAAUUGUCACAUGAGAAAGAGAGAUUGAUGUCCAAGGAUAAGCGGCAGUCACAACAGAUAGAGAGAUUGACAUCCAAGGAUAAGGAGCAGUCACAACAGAUAGAACGACAGUCACAACAGAUAGAGAGAUUGAUGUCCAGGGAUAAGCGGCAGUCAAAACAGAUACAGGAAUUGAUGUCCAAGAAUAAGGAACAGUCAGAAAAGAUGGAGAGACUGAUGUCCACAGUUCAGGAUAAGCCACCGCAGAGAGAGCAACGGCUUUUGUUU